ACCACAACUUAAUUACCACUCGGCCGUAAAACAAUUAGUAAAUCCAAAAAGUGACUAAUGAAGUGACAGUGCUCCAAAAUGGAGAAUUACGAACAACACAACGAAGUGUCCACCUCUUACAAUAAUAAUAAUUUGAAACAUAACUACAACGAAUGCAAUAAAGACUUCUAUCAAUUCGUGGACGUUACUUACUUGGAUAAAGAGAAACAAUUGGAAAAUAAGGAUUAUUAUGAUCAUAAAAACUUUCGGGUGAAGUUGGAAGAAGGACAGAUCAAUCAGAAUUUGACGACGCCGUUUUCUGUGAAGGAUAUAUUGAACAUCAAUCAGCCGAACUACAGUUAUGAUAGAAAUGAAGCUUGGAAGUAUAAUGAGAGGGACCGAAGAAGCUACGAGUAUGAACACAUGUACCAAGGCCAGGGAUAUUGUCCGCCGGACUAUCUCACUCAAGUUUACCAAAACAUCCCCGUUCCUGCGAAUAUUGAGCCUUAUUGGAACCAAGAAGCAUACCACGACCACAAGAUAGAUGAGUACUACAAUUACAACCCUUACUGCCAUAAUUUGUAUCAUCAGAACUAUGAUCAGUACAGUGAAGUUCUUAGCGUGCCUCACGCGUCAACGGAACCUGCUAUGAGAGUGGAAACUGAUGAACAGGAGUCGCUCUCAAUGACAAAUUCAUUAACCGGACCAAAGAGAGUUGGCAGCGAAAAGAGCAUAUGCACUCAAUUUUCGACGGAACUGCUGGAUAAAUCCUCUGUACUGUGCAGAAAAAAUACAAAAACGCCAACACACGACACAAAGCCAGAACGAAAAGACAAGAGUGCCAAAAGGAAACCGCGGAUCCUCUUCUCACAAACCCAAGUCCAUGCCUUAGAAGUCCGCUUCAGGAACCAGCGGUACCUCACAGCACCUGAAAGAGAACAGCUAGCCGUCACCUUAAACCUGUCUCCUACACAGGUCAAGAUCUGGUUUCAAAACAGGAGAUACAAAAGCAAAAGGAUAAAGUCACCUGAAGUAUCUACGUCCACUGAUGCAAAACCUAGCAAAGGUUUGAAUGGAAGAAAGAUGUUCAAGCCAGAGACCAAAGAAGCCCAGAUACCAGCACCCAGCUAUGAGUCUUAUAGAGAAAGAUGUGACAAUGAUAAGUCUUACACCAGUGACCAAUUAAGCUCUACCAUUUACUUCGACGAUAGCCUAGCGUAUGAAAACCAAAGCGACAAAUAUUUUAAUAAACAAUUGAAUAUAGAUCAUUCUGGAGCAACCUCAGAUAUGCAAACUUUAUACUCGACUGAUAGUAUGAUAGUCAAUGAUCGCAAAGAAAUGUAUGAAGAGCCUGAAAUCAAAAAGUAUUUCCCACUGAAUUUUGUUUGUUGAUAUUUUUUUUGUUAAAAACGACUGCGCCAUUUUAGACUGAUUGCCAAAGAGUAUUAUAUU